AUGCCGUGGAGGCGACGGAGCGGGUGGCUCUUGACCUUGGCAGCUCUUGCUGCAGGUUGCACCGAAGACUCCUGUGAAGAGGACUGGGUCCUUGAUCAAUUGGUGGAUGCAGAGUCAGAGUCGGAACUCCUGGACGUCCGACUGCUCCAGACUCAAUUCACACAGCACCGUGGCCCGGUGAAGCAGGAAGAGCCCGUCCAAUCUGACCACGUCAUGUCGGUCGAUCACAACGGUAAGGUCUGCAUGCUUUGCAACCAACCCUUGCCUGAGCGGAUCACUCGGCCAUAUGAGGCCUUCCGGAAGGACUGCGGGAAGUACAGCUCGCCCAGUGGACCCAGCUUGGAUAUCAUGGCUUUGCCUGCAGUACAACUGGGAGGUGGUGCGGCGGAAGGCUUCUGUGCCCUGAACUUUGCCAAGAGCUGUGCCGAUGCCGUGGCCAACCAGGUUCCGCGCAUCGGCCCGCGCGUGGGCGGUGCGCGCCGGCGGUGCCCGCUCGGGUCGGUUUCGGUCGCUGGGGACGAAGAAGAAAUCAGCGUUCCAAACACUGCAAGGACAGGGUUCACAGUCGACUUCGACGUGCGUCAAGGGUCUCUCCGGAAGUCGUUUUCUCGUCUUUGGGUGUCACUCUUCGAGCCGAUGAUGCAGACAAAAAGACGAGGGUGGAGGGUGGACUCUGAAGUGCCCCGUUGUUCACCCUCUCGUGCUCCAAUGUCUAUUUCGAAGAAUGGGCUAGGGAUGGCUAGGGAUUUUCUCCAGUGA